GGAGAAUCACUUGAACCCAGGAGGUGGAGGUGCGCGGCCUGAAGAGGAGGAUGGAGGAGCAGCAGAAGGAGGGCGAGGCCGAGGUCGCGGAGCACUGGUUUUCCAAGUGGGAGCGCCAGUGCCUGGCUGAGGCCGAGCAGGAGGAGCAGCUGCCCCCCGAGCUGCAGGAGGAGGCGGCUGCAGAGUUGGCAGGGCUCAAGAGCGAGAAGCAGAAGCUGUGGCACCUCUUCCAGAUCUCGGCCACCGCCGUUGCUCAGCUUUACAAGGAUUCUGGGUGCCAACAGCAAGGACUUUCCAUGUGGGACCCCUUCCAGAAUGCGGCCAUGGCCGUGACCAGCCUCUACAAAGAGAGCGGGGAUGCCCACCAACGAAGUUUUGACUUGGGUGUCCAGGUUGGCCACCAGCGUCGUAUCAAAGAUGUGCUGGAGUGGGUGAAAAAGGGCCGGAGCACCAUUCGUCGCGAAGACUUGAUUAGCUUCCUUUGUGGCAAAGUGCCCCCCGCUCCUCCUCCACCUCGCACUCCUAGGACACCCCCGAAGCCACCCACUGGGGUCCCCAGCCAGGCUGUGGCAACUGAGUCCAGCUCAUCGGUGGACGUCGACCUGCAGCCCUUCCAGGAGGCGAUCGCCCUGCAUGGUCUCAGUGGUGCUAUGGCCAGCAUCAGCAUGCGAUCGGGCGACUCGCCUCAAGACAGCGGUGUCGCCAGCAGUGGGCGCCGAAAAAGUAGCUUCUUGGAGGACGACUUGAAUCCCUUCGACUCAGAGGAACUGGCCCUCCACCUGGACAGUGGGGGGAUCCGCAAGCGCACCUCGGCCCAAUGCAGUGAUGGCAUCACAGACUCCCCAAUCCAAAAGCGCAACCGAAUGGUCUAACCUGCCUCAUUGGUUGCCUGCCGCCAUAUUGCUUGAGAGUGAACUCAACCAUCGACACGCUUGUCUAGAGGUUACUGGAGACCAUUUUUCUUCCCUUCUCUAAGUUAAACAAAGAUUUCUAACAAUUUUGCCAUAAAGAAACUUUAAAAGUAUUCCAGAAGAGGCUUCAUAUGACUCUGACUUUCCAGAAAAUAUAAUCCUAGCGGAGAACAAAUAUGUAGUAGUUAGCAGGAUCAUUUAAAGCAAACGUAUCUGGUCAAGGCAGGAGUCUGAUUUAUCUUGUUCACAGUUAUAUUCCUCAGCACCUAGCACAGUUCCAGGUGCUCAAUAAAUGUUCAUUGAAUGAAUAAAUGUGACCUUAUUUAUUCUUAAA